AUAUUCUGCUAAGCCGACCGACCCUUCCAAGUGUGAGCUUGUUUAAAUAUCAACCUAUUCGCUUAUUUGAGCAUGAAACUGCUGACAUUCUGAACUCGAAAAUAGCUGCCAAGACUCGUGGAUCAUAUCUACGUGUUCAUUUUAAAAAUACGCGCGAAACUGCCAUGGCGAUCUCUGGCAAAAAGCUUAAUAAGGCUAUUAAGUACCUAGAAGAUGUGAAAGAGCAUAAACAAGCUGUGCCUUUCCGACGCUUUAAUGGUGGUGUUGGUCGUUGCGCUCAAGCUAAAGCUUUUGGUGCUACACAAGGACGUUGGCCUGUUAAAAGCGCAGACUUUUUAUUAGGACUUCUAAAAAAUACCCGGAGUAAUGCCGAGCUCAAGCGAUUGGAUGUUGACAAUUUAGUAAUUUCCCAUAUUCAAGUAAACCAAGCUCCAAAACAGAGACGAAGAACUUAUCGUGCUCAUGGUCGCAUCAAUCCAUACAUGAGCAGCCCAUGUCACAUCGAAAUUAUUGUUUCAGAAGAAAAUGCUCAGGUGAAACGUGAAGCCAGCUCAGAAAGCCAAGCCGAACCGGCUCGAGCUGAUGGCUCAAGUAAGGUUGCUCAAGCUGAUUGGCUCAAGCCGGCUCAA